AUGGCUAAAGAAGCCUUCAAAUUGGCUAAAGCUGAAAAGAAGAAUGAAUACGUUGCCAAUAAAGCAGUACUUCAAAAAGAAGGUCUCAUUAGAGCUGUUGAAAGAAAUGAUAAACUUAAUAAAACUCAAAUUGCACCUGAAAGACCAAUUUUCAAGAAUGAUACUAUGGUUAUUGAAGAACCAGUGCUUACAAAUACAAUUGUUUACGAAACAGUUCCAACUACUUCAACUUCACAAAUUUUAAUUCCACAAGAAACAAUCAUUACUGAAAAUAAAACAUUUGAACAACCAACUUUAGAGAAACAAACAACUACAACAACCACCACUACUACAACAUCAUCAUCAUCUGAAGGUAGCUCAAAUGUUGCCCCUCCACAAGAAACUUUUGUUCCACAAUUAGAAAAGGAUGAAGCUCCAAUUUAUAGAGAAGAAGUUGUUUUGGUUCCACACAUUGAAGAGGAUACUUUUGAUUCUGGUAAUCAACAAUUAAGUUAUUCUGAAAUUACUCAAGUUCCAGUUCAAAUGACAAGUAGUGAAUUUGGUGGUGGUGGUGGCAACAAUAGUGGUUCUUCAGGUAGAAAAGGUAAAAAAGGUAAAAAACAACAAUAUCGUAAAGAAAUCAUUACAAAACAAUCAACUGAUGGUGGUAAAUCUUGGACAAAUGAUUCAAACUUGGCUGGUGAUAAUGUUGAAUUUAUUCAAGAACAAACAACAAUUAGAAAUCAAUAA